CUCAAGUAAAAGGAAGAACAGAAAUGUGUUUCUGGACAAAGUUUUCAAUAUUUUGGAUGCCAUUGUUGCUUCUACUCAGCCUUAUGGUAGAAACUCAGCCAGAAAACCCUUCAACCCAGGACAACAACAGCACCUGGAGUCCAGGCCAUCUGACAGAUGUACUUCGAAUUCUCUCCGCUGGUGACCACCCACCUCUGAACCAGUCAAAAAGCCUCAUGAAAAGACUGUUGCAGGAAACUGGGUGCCCACGGAGGACAAAUGGAAUGCAAGAAGAUUGCAAUCUGUGCUUUGAACCAGAUGCUCUGUUACUGAUAGCUGGAGCAGACUUUGAAGAUCAGUUCAGAGAGGAAGUGUUCCAGAGGAUUUCCCUUCUCCUCCUCUAUUACAUUGUCCACCAGGAAGAGAUCUGCUCUUCAAAGCUCAGCAUGAGUAACACGGAGUAUACGUUCUACCUACACAGCCUCCUCAGCCUCAGGCAGGAUGAAGACUCCCACUUCCUUUCAAAGAACGAAACCGAAGAUAUCUUGGCUUUCACCAGGCAGUACUUUAACACUUCCAGGAGCCAGUGUAUGGAAACCAAAAUGCUGCAGGAAAAAUCUGGAAUACUAAGCAGCAAAGGUGCUGAUGAAAAUACACUUCCUCCAUUGGCUGCGACAAUCGUUGCUUUGUCCCUCCAAAAUGUUUGUCUGGGACAAGUAAAUGUGCCUUCCUCAGACUAUUUUACAGAAUAUAUUUUCAGUUCCUUGAAUAGCACAAAUACCCUCCAUCUAUCGGAACUAGACCAACUCCUCAACACUCUCUGGACCAAAAGUACCUGUUACAAAAGGGAUAAAAUCUACCAGCUUCAGAGAAAACAAAACAACAUACCAACCCUGGAUCGGGGCUACCCUAACUUAUCUGUAUCCGUGGACAAAGAGUCAGAAGUUGGUCCAUUUUCCUGGGAUCAGACUUGCUUCACUGCUAGGCAGCUGGUGGAGAUAUUUUCACAGAACAGCCGUUUGCCCAUUUCUAAGGAGGUCUUUAAGCAAAUGAGUCCAGCGAUCCUCCAGCAACUUCUCAGCUGCUCUUGUCAGCUGCCCAAGGACCCACAAGCAAAGCCGCCACCCACCACUCUGGAGAAAUAUGGCUACAGCACAGUGGCUGUGACACUCAUCACGCUGGGCUCCAUGCUUGGGACAACGUUGAUCCUUUUCAGCAGCUGUGAGGAGAACUACAGGCUUAUUUUACAGCUGUUUGUGGGCUUGGCUGUUGGGACACUUUCUGGGGAUGCUCUGCUCCACCUUAUCCCUCAGAUUCUUGGUUUACAUAAGCAAGAAGCCUCAGGAUUUGGACAUUUCCAUGAAAGCAAGGGUCAUAUCUGGAAACUGUUGGGACUAAUUGGAGGCAUCCAUGGCUUUUUCUUAAUAGAAAAAUGUUUUAUUCUUCUUGUAUCACCAAAUGCCAAGCAGGACGCGUCUCUGGUUAAUGGCCAUGUGGGACACUCCCACCAUUUUGCACUGGACUCUGAGUUGAGUGACCAGUCAGGCGGGGGCCAAUCUACGUCAACCAUCCAGUUGAAAAGCCCAGAAGAUUCACAGGCAGCUGAAAUUCCUAUACGCCGUAAGACAGCCUUCAACCGGAAAUGCAACACCAUGAGCUUGUUAGCAAUAAUGAUACUGGUUGGGGAUAGCCUGCACAAUUUUGCAGAUGGCCUAGUGAUAGGAGCAGCCUUCUCAUCUUCAUCUGAGUCGGGAAUAACCACAACAAUUGCUAUCUUGUGUCAUGAAAUUCCACAUGAAAUGGGUGACUUUGCUGUGCUCUUGAGCUCUGGACUUUCUGUUAAGAUUGCCAUUCUCGUGAAUUUUAUGAGUGCUCUAACUGCCUUCAUAGGACUCUACAUUGGCCUUUCAGUAUCAACUGAUCCAUGUGUUCAAAACUGGAUCUUAACGGUUACUGCUGGGAUGUUCUUAUAUUUAUCCUUGGUGGAGAUGCUUCCUGAAAUGACUCAUGUUCAAGCGCGGCGACCCUGGUUGAUGUUUCUCCUGCAGAACCUUGGAUUGAUCCUAGGCUGGCUUUUUCUCUUACUGUUGGCUAUAUAUGAAGAUAAUAUUAAAAUAUGA